UAUUUAAGCACUCUGCCUUCUUUCGUUCGAUGUAGUCUGCGCUCAUUGUCAGUGCGAGUCACUUAUCGUUGCUCUCUUCUCUUUCUUCUUCAAUUAACAGUCAAGAUGAAGCUACUUGUUCUCGUUCUGGCCUUAUCUUGCGUUGUCGCGUACACAACCGCCCAGAAAAAAGGACAAUACUGGCCCGCCAACACCAAAAUAUUCACGACACCACGUCGGUUUCGUCGCGAGGCCGAUCCUCAGAACUCGAUCGCAAACUCAAAGAAUACUCCGCAAUUGCCCUCCGACGACAACGCAAUUCUUCGACUUGCUCGUUUCGGCAAUGAACCCACGGUCGUCGAUUUCGGCGAAGAUGACAACGGGAUUUCCGGAUCUCAGCCGCGACCCAAUGGCCAAUCGAACGAUAUGCACCGGAUAGACGAAAACGAUUACUUGAGCGCCUAUACUUUCCAUCCGGGCGCGUACGGUGGAUUCGCCAAGAAUUUCGGAACCGGCGGCGGGUUUCGCUGGAGAAGGGAAGCGGACGUGGAGCGGCGCUUCCGUUUCAGAAGCUGAAACGCAACGUAGGAAUCUUUCGGUCAAUGGUUCCGUGGACUUCAGCGAGGUGAAAACGAUCGUGGAAUAGAAUCCCCGGUAGGCACGACCGUUAGUAUUCGUCUCAGGCGGGAAGCCGAUCAAAUUGAAGAGACCGAGAACGAAAUGUCUGAGACAAACCAGAUAAAUUAAGAAAUAAGAUUUGGCAUCCUCGUGAUAUUCGAGCUUUAUAAGAUAUUAAAUUGAAAAUGUCUUCGGAAAUUUGGCAUUUUCUUGGAAGUAUUUAUGUAUGAAUAUAAAACAUACGUUCGGAGGAAUAAGACUAAUUGUAAGAGCCGUGACAGGGUGUUAGCGUCUAUAAUUUUGUUAUAAAUUUAUUGCGAAAACUUUAGCCUGUGCCAGGGUAAUAUUCUUAUCACAUGCGAGCCUUAUAAAUUCUAUAAAGAAUACGAUUAUGAAAUGUGAUCGAAGGGACUGAGUAGAAUGUAAAUACUUCUAAUAUAUCUUGGGUGAUAUUGUUUGUUCUAGCAAGCGUGUGUAAAACAAUUAUGAAACAGCGAUAAGAAGUGAUGAACAAUAUCCGAAAUAGUAUUCCGUUGUGUGCACGAUUUUACGUAUUAUUUUGCGCUAUAAUCGUAUUCGUUUUUCAAUCUUCUUCAACAUUAUUUUUAGCGUAACAAUCUUUUUAACAUUAGGAAUCGGUGAAAUAUACUUCUGGAUUUCCUCAAUUAUUCUGUA